AUGCCUAUGAGAAAAAGGAAGAGGAAAUUGCCCAAGUUUAAUGAUUUUAAGCCUGAGACAGAUUUGAGUAACCCAAUCUUUAAACUUGGUCUAAGAUUUUCCAGUGUCUAUGUAUUUAGGAAAGCAGUGAUAAAUUAUUCAAUAUUCAAUAGAAAGAAUAUUAAGUUCUCCAAGAAUGAUAAAGAUAAGAUUAGAGCAGUUUGUGAUGGGACCAAGAAUGGAAAAUAUCCAUGGUUUGUUUAUGCUUCAGCUGUAAAUGGAAGUAGCAUGGUUCAAAUUAAUAGUUAUGAAGAGGAGCACACUUGUGGGAUUGUUGAACGCAAAGUCCAUGCUAACUCAUCAUGGUUAGCAGAGAGAUAUGCUACACAGCUAUCUAGAAUAAUAAAUUGGGAUGUAGGAGCUUUUAAGGAAAGGGUGAAUGAAGGUUUAUGUGUCAUAUCUUCAAGAUCACAAAUAUACAGAGUAAGGCAAAAGACAAUUGCUGUAAGUGAGGGGACUUACACAAAAUAUUUUGAGUAUCUUUGGGAUUAUGUUGAGGAGCUAAAAAGGAUAAAUGUGGGAAUUACUAUAAAGAUUAAGUCCAAUUUUGAGGGUGACAAAUCCAAAUUUGAAAGGAUUUAUAUAUGUUUGGCAGCUACAAAGAAAUGGUUUAUUGAUGCUUUGAGGCUAGUUGUUGGUUUAUAUGCUUGUCACAUUAAAGGGCAGCACCCUGGACAAUUACUCUCUACUGUUGGUGUUGAUCCUAAUAACGACAUGUAUCCAAUAGCUUAUGCAGUGGCAGAGGCUGAGAAUUAUGCGACUUGGAGUUGGUUUUUGGAACUCUUUGAAGUUUAUCUCGGCAUUGAAAAUAACAAUGGGUAUGUGUUCAUUACAGAUAGACAAAAAGGAUUAAUUGAUGCAGUGGGUGACAUGUUCCCAAACUAUGAGCAUAGACAUUGCUUUAAACAUCUGUAUGUCAAUUUUAUACUUGCUGGCCAUAGAGGAUUAGUUCUGAAACAACAUAUGGAGGCUGCUGCAAGAAGUACAACUAUACCUUGGUUUCAAGUAAAGAUGAAAAAGCUCCAAGAUUUGUCAGGACCAACUUUUGAUUGGUUGGCAAGGCUUGAUCCAAUGCAGUGGUGUAGGUCUCACUUCAGAACACACUCAAAGUGUGACAUUAUCUUGAAUAACAUGUGUGAGGCAUUCAACAGGUCUAUCCUUGAUGCUAGAGACAAGCCUAUUAUAACAAUGCUUGAGAGGAUUAGGUAUUACAUCAUGUUGUUGAUGGCAAGUAAAAGUGAAACUAUGGAGAAAUGGGCUUAUGAUGUGGGCCAAGAGUUUUUGCAACUCUUGAGAAGCUUAAGAAGCAGUUAG